AAGCAGUAACAGUUCAGUCAGUGUUCCACAACAAGUUGUUCGAGUUCGAGGUACGAGACAGUCGAAUAAUAACGUUGGUUCGGUGUAGUAACAGUGUAGAGAGAAAGUUCCAAAAGUAAUGAAAACAACCGGACUUUAGCCUUUGCUGUGAAACAAUGUCUAAUUCUUUAUGUAAAUCUUCAGUGUUUAAAACUUAUCAAGAAGUUAUAAAUGAUGCUAUUGAAAACGUCCGAGAACAUUUUCUCGAAGAUGGUAUCGAUGAGGCAGUACUCCAGGAACUUAAAGCUUUAUGGGAGACCAAACUCGCCGCAACGAAAGCAGUUGAAGAAGUAAAGGAAACUGAUAAAAUAAUAGCUGUAAGUAAGUCUCAAAAGCUUCAACAACAACAUCAACAACAGAAUUACGUAAACCAAUUAGCCCAACAGCAACUAAAUAAACAAUUGGUAGGGCAGGUUCCACCUAACAAUCACAUACCACAAGGAAUAGCGCUUACAGAAUGGAGGAGGGUACCUGUUCAACUCACUAUCCCAUCUCCUCCUGGGUGUGGCACUGGAGAACAAAGAAUAUUAGGAAUCGAAGUUCCCGAAGUCUUUUUGCAAGGUCACCAUUUAAAAUCUAUCCUAACUGGUCCAAUUAUUAGUCAAACUCUUAAUCUACCUCUUAAUGCAGCAACUACUUUCUUACAAGAUCAAGUAAAUAACGCAUUUGUAAAACACCAACAAUCAACAAAUAUUAUAAACGUUAAUAUGGGUAUGAACCAGUCCAUCGUACAAACAGAUGGUUACGUAACAAGUGAGGAAGAAAACUGUGCAAGUAAUAAAUUUGGAUAUACCAAAAGACUAAAAAAUAAGUCGAUUUUUCAAUCCAAAAGAAAAACUCGACGGAAGCUUGAUUCUAAAGUAUUUAAAAAACAGCAAGAGUUAAAAAUUUAUCAAGGUGAUGGCACCAACAGUUCAUCUGAUGAAAUUGAUUUAGAUGAUGAAGAUGAUGAUGAAGAAAAUGAAAAUGACGAUGAUGAGGAUCUAAAUUAUGAUAUUGAGAAUGACAGUCAGGGUGCACAUGAAGACGAGCCGCUUAACUCAGAGGAUGAUAUAUCUGAUGCUGAUGGUACAGAGGAAUCCUUCGAAACUGAUAAUGUUAUCGUUUGUCAAUUUGACAAGAUUACAAGAGCAAGAAAUAGAUGGAAAUUUCAUCUAAAAGAUGGUAUCAUGAAUCUUAAUGGAAGUGACUACGUGUUUCAAAAGGCAAAUGGUGAUGCUGAAUGGUAGCGGUAAAACUGUUUAUUGCUUUAUUAGUAUCCUGAUAAUUUAAUUCAGAAAUUUACUGGUGAUAUAUUACUGUAAUUGAUAUUUUGAAAUUAUAUGUUAUAUUAGAAGACUAAGAAAUAUUAAAUUAUGUUAUAUUAUAUAUAUUUUAUAUAAUUGUUGUUUAUCCUAAUAAAUAUAAGAAGAAUCAUA